AUGGCCAUCGUGCUGCUGGCCCUUCUCCUCUUUCCGUUCGCCGAUGCCCAAUGGCAAGUCUGCGGCAACACGGGCAACUACACGGCGGCCAGCACCUACCAAGCCAAUCUUGGUCAGCUCUCUGCAAGCCUCCCCAAGAAAGCCUCUUCGAACACGACCCUCUUCGCCACGGGUACCGCCGGUGCAGUGCCGGACGUGGUGUACGCCCUUGCCCUCUGCCGCGGGGACAUCAACGCCUCCGCCUGCAAGGACUGCGUCACAACAGGCUUCCAGGACGCGCAGCAGCUCUGCGCGUUCAGCAAGGAAGCCACCGUCUUCUACGAUUCCUGCCUCCUCAGCUUCUCCAAUGGAAACUUCCUGUCGACCACCACCAACGGCGGCAACCUCCUCCUGAUGAACAGCCAGAACUUCACGGAGAGCGCCGACUUCAUCAGGCUCUUCUUGUUCACUCUGCUGAACGACACGGCCGAGUCCGCGGUCAACAGCUCCAGGAGGUUCACGACCGCGCGCAUGGACAUUAGCUCCAUGCCGACGAUGUACUGCGCUGUGCAGUGCACGCCUGACCUCACCGCCGACGAGUGCGCAGCCUGUUUGCAAGACUUCCCGCAGCUGACGCUCCAGUACCUGGACGGGCGGCGAGGAGGUCGAGUCCUUGGGGUGCGGUGUAACAUGAGGUACGAGAUCUACCCUUUUUACCAAGGGGACCCCACGCUACGUAUUAUCUCUUUGGCCCCGGCAGUGCCGGCGAUCGGUAACACCACUCCGGGAACGAACGUCACGGUGUAUCCGCAGCCACCACUACCUCCACCUGCCGCGCCACCGGCGGCGAUAAUCCCAUCCGUCCCAGCACAAGAACAGAGAGGAAUGCUGAGUUCGCAGAACAGAGCUGGUGCGAAUAGGAUUGAAGAAAACGCCUUGGUUUGGAGAAUUGAAGAGAAGAGUUCAGAAUUCACUCUUUUUGACCUUUCUCAGUUACUGGAGGCCACAGAAAACUUUGCAGAAGAAAAUAGACUUGGACAGGGAGGUUUCGGCCCUGUGUACAAGGGGCAAUUAUCAGAUGGUCAGGAAAUUGCAGUUAAAAGGCUUGCUUCGCAUUCAGGACAGGGUUUCACGGAGUUCAGGAAUGAAGUUGAACUUAUAGCUAAACUGCAACACACAAAUUUGGUUCGGCUCUUAGGAUGCUGCAUCCAAGGCGAGGAAAAAAUUUUGGUGUACGAAUAUUUGCCAAAUAAAAGCCUGGACUUCUUUAUCUUUGAUGAAAGCCAAAGCAGUUUGCUUAAUUGGUAUAAACGACGUGCCAUAAUUGAAGGGGUAGCACAAGGUCUUCUGUACCUGCACAAGCACUCUCGGCUGCGCGUGGUACAUAGAGACCUUAAAGCUAGUAACAUUCUCUUGGACCAGGAUAUGAACCCAAAAAUUUCAGAUUUUGGGUUGGCAAGAAUUUUUAGCUCUAAUGAUACUGAAGGAAGCACAAAGAGGGUGGUUGGAACAUAUGGUUAUAUGUCUCCGGAGUAUGCCUCUGAAGGCAUCUAUUCGGUCAAAUCUGAUGUGUUCAGCUUUGGUGUUCUACUUCUUGAGAUCCUUAGCGCAAAAAGGAAUUCAGGUUUUCACCGAUAUGGAGAGUUUCUUAACCUUCUCGGAUAUACAUGGCACCUGUGGGAGGAAGGAAGAUGGCUUGAUCUUGUAGAAGCAUCAAUUUCUAAAGAGAUGCAUGAAGCAGAGGCUAGGAGGUACAUUAACAUCGCACUAAUGUGCGUCCAAGAAAAUGCAGACGAUCGGCCCACCAUGUCGGACGUAGUUGCUGCGCUAAAUAGUGAGAGUGUAGUUCUACCUGAGCCAAAGCAUCCGGCUUACUUCAACCUGAGAGUAUCUAAAUCUGUGGAAUCAGCAAUUGUUGCUGAGACGUGCAGUCUGAAUGAUGUAACCAUCACUCAAGACCCCCAAGGCAGAUAG